UAUGGUUUAGAGCAUGUAGUUGUUGAAUGGAGACAGGUCUUAUUCCAGGACAAACUCUUUUACAGCAUGACCGGCCAAGUGUUGGUGGAGAGCAUGGAUUUAUCAGCUCACAGACUGUCUGUGAAGACGUCUGUUGAAGAUGAGUCAGAGCGCGCUGAUAGCACUCUCAGCCGUGGACAGUCCAUGUGUGAUGACACAUCCUCAGAAUUACAGCGAGUGGCUACCCUCGAACCGCGUGGACUGAACUCACAGAAUUCCUUCCGUGGCAGAGGGGCGCUGUCAAGGCUGGUGAGUAUGGUGGUCACUCUUAGAGAAUGGGCCCAUAAAAGCCUUCAGGAAGAGGAAGAAAGGCCAGAUUCUUUCUUAGAGCGCUUCAGAGGACCUGAGCUCCAAAUUGCUCCCAGUCGGAUAAGCAUCAAUAGAUCCGAUCAUGAUGGAAACAACAGUGCCAAAACCAAGAAAAAGUCUGAUGUUUUCAUAUUGGCACCCGCUGAUGACCUGUACUACCGCUGGCUGUUUGUUAUUGCCACAGCUGUAUUGUACAACUGGUGCUUUGUGGUGGCUAGGGCCUGCUUUGAUGAGCUUCAAACCAGGAACUUCAUUCUGUGGCUGGUUUUGGAUUAUCUCUCUGAUGUCGUUUAUAUACUGGACACCUGUGUGAGACUGAGAACAGGUUUCCUUGAGCAGGGUCUUCUGGUGAAGGACCUUACCAAGUUAAGAGAAAGCUAUUUUCACACAAUGCAAUUCAAGCUAGACCUGCUGUCCAUACUACCCACUGAUCUAGCCUACAUUGCCAUUGGCAUUCAUGUGCCAGAGCUGCGUUUCAAUCGACUGAUGCGCUUCUCACGUCUGUUCGAGUUCUUUGACCGCACCGAGACCCGUACAAACUACCCCAACAUAUUCCGCAUUUGCAACUUGGUGCUCUAUAUCCUAGUCAUCAUUCACUGGAACGCCUGCAUCUACUUUGCCAUCUCCAAGUCUCUGGGAUUUGGAUCUGACCAGUGGGUCUACCCAAACAUCUCUGACCCUGAGUUUGGUACACUCACUCGUGGAUACGUCUACUGCCUCUACUGGUCAACCCUCACGUUGACGACCAUUGGGGAAAUGCCGGCUCCAGUGCGGGAUGAGGAGUAUCUUUUUGUUGUUUUUGAUUUCCUUGUUGGUGUUCUCAUUUUCGCCACCAUUGUUGGUAACGUAGGAGCCAUGAUCUCAAACAUGAAUGCCACACGGGCCGAGUUUCAGGCUCACAUCGAUGCCAUCAAACACUACAUGCAGUUCAGAAAGGUCAGCAAAGAGCUGGAAGCCAGAGUCAUCAAAUGGUUCGACUACUUGUGGACCAACAAGAAAGCAGUUGAUGAGCAGGAUGUCCUAAAGAAUCUGCCCAACAAACUGCGGGCUGAGAUUGCUAUCAAUGUGCACCUGGAUACACUGAAGAAGGUCCGUAUCUUCCAGGACUGUGAAGCUGGGCUUUUGGUUGAACUGGUACUCAAGCUGCGGCCACAGGUCUUCAGUCCCGGAGACUACAUCUGCCGAAAGGGAGACAUAGGAAAAGAGAUGUACAUCAUCAAAGAGGGUCGCCUUGCUGUUGUGGCUGAUGAUGGGGUGACCCAGUUUGCACACUUGACGGCCGGCAACUGCUUUGGCGAGAUUAGCAUCCUCAACAUCAAAGGCAGCAAAAUGGGCAACCGACGCACAGCUAACAUCCGUAGCAUUGGCUACUCUGACCUCUUCUGUUUGUCAAAGGAUGACCUGAUGGAGGCUGUAAUGGAGUAUCCGGAUGCUAAGAAAGCUCUGGAAGAGAGGGGAAGACAGAUCCUUCUGAAGGAGGGUCUGCUGGAGGAGUUGGACGCAGGAGGAAUGGGAGAAGAACGGGUUGAGGAGAAAGUGGAGAGGCUGGAAGCUUCUCUUGAAAUACUACAGACACGGUUUGCUCGAUUACUGGCCGAGUACACAGCUACUCAGCAGCGCCUGAAGCAGAGACUUGCAGCACUGGAGUGUAGGACACGGCACUCUGGCAGCGGAUUCCUCUCGGAUGGCAAUGAAAGCACUGUUGAUGGUGAUGGUACACACAGUGAGGUCAACAUCCAGCUCUGA